AUGUCUCCCUGGCUUCAUCCAGACGAAGCCCUGGGCUUUUCAACUUCACCAUGGACAACCUCAUUGCAGGCUCUCGAGCCACGACGAGUAAAACAUUUCACCAUGGCCGAAUUAACACCCUAUCAGACGUAUGCGAUACACGUUGCGACUCUGACCGUUGCAUCCUUCAGUAUUCUUGCAACAAUAGUCACUUCUUUCUGGUUCUUUCGUAUGAGACGAAGUUUUCGCCAUGACCUUAUUAUGCUACUCAUCUACAGCGAUAUGUUCAAGACAUUCUGGUUACUUGUCUUCCCUGCCGUAGAAUUGGUCGCUGGUAAAAUCGAAACCGACGAAACAUUUUGUCAAGUCAGCGGAUUCUUUCUUGCAUUAAGUAUUGAGGCAUCCGACGUCUCUGUUGCUCUCAUCUCUGUGCACACCGCAUUAUUCAUCUUCCGUGGAGAGCAGGGUCUCUAUCCCUAUCGAAAGGCUGCCUAUGCCCUCGCCGCCAUUCUUCCCGUUGUGAUGGCUUCACUGGCAUUCAUUGAGAGCCCCGGCUAUAUCAACACUGGCCAGUUCUGUUAUCUACCAUUCAAUCCUAUGUGGAAAAGACUCGCUCUCUCAUGGAUUCCUCGCUACUUGGCCUUUGCCAUUAUCCUUUUCUUAUGCAUAGGCGUAUACGUUUACGUUCGUGUACUCAUGAGUCGAUUUGGUGCGGAAAACAAUACUUCUGGGAACACUUUCUCAAAGAUGUCUGGUUUCGAGAGCCUUGACCCGAUCCAGCAGCCAAGCGCCACUGUUCCUCCUACACCGACAAUCAGAUACCACGGACUCAUACCAUCAUCUAACGCCUCUCGACGGAACUCUUGUACCAUUAUCGAAGACCGUCCCACCAGGCCCUCUCUGGCCACCCUCAACUCAUUCCAAAUGGACAUGCCUGGAAGUGCAUAUACUAGUAAAUUGCAUUCAGCGCGUACGGCUCGUCGGGGAUCAGCGCAGAUGUGGAUGUCUAACUUUGGUACUGACCUCACCGCUCAGGAAGAGCAGGUGGAGGUUGACUCUCAAAACUCAACAGGGACCACACGAUGUGGCUCCGACGAUGUGAUUGCACCGCUAGCCACUUACACAAAACCUGAGUUUCAGCAGCAAACACAUGACCCUGCACCCACUCGACCUGCAGGCAUGAUGCGAAACGCUUCUUAUUUUUCCACAACCGGAACUUCCAAAACACCAAAUAUACCCAACCUAUUCACCAUACUCAACCGCAAAACCGAACGCCCCCAGACUGCGGAGAACAACCUUGUCUUGACUCAGAGCGACAUCAACGCACCCGGAACUGUCAAGACACGCGAAAAGAUUCUGCGACAACUCCGAUUACUUUUUAUCUAUCCUAUAGUCUACGUCGUCAUUUGGAUCUUGCCAUUUAUCGUUCAACUUACCGGAUAUGGCAAAGGAGCACCCUAUGGCAUGAGGCUAGCCAGUAUCGUGUUUCUUUGUCUCCAUGGUCUAGCUGACUCUUUGGUCUUUUGUUUAAAAGAGAAGCCUUGGAGACAUAGUCAGACCUUUAACCAAACCUUUAAACGAUUUAAUCUACGAUUUUGGAAACGAAGACAAGAAGCGCCCGAUGUCGGUGCAAGAGUCGGACGCACUAGAGAGGAGAUGACACUUGAUUCGCGAUUCGCGAAGGCGAGAAGAGAACAAGAACAGGCCGAGUGGGAGAUGGAGCGACAAGCUGGCCAAGAUGCUCGCAAAGCUGCUAGAGCGGCUCCUGACUGGUGGGAUAGAGACGACUGA